AUGAGCGAGCAAAAGGCGCCAAAACAGACACGCCCACCGUCUUUAAGCGAAGCAACGUCAUGGAGGGAUCAGAUUCAUCAAAAUUCAGAGCUGAUUAUGAAUGGAUCUCAAAAACCGUUAAAUGAGUGCUCUGAUGGAUUUCUAGAGUAUGAAGAAUAUAAUUCCUCGAGGUUAUCUGAAGCCUGCCAUAGCAGUUCCUGCCAUGACCAUGGUGACAGUGCGCACCUUGAAGAGGCGACGGCCUACCCUCAUAGGGACGCGUAUGCGAUCCAGAACAGAGAUGAAGCGCUGACAGAGAUUGGAUCGGGUGUGAAUACCUCCUUAGAGGAAAAUUUGCGCAGAGCAAUCAAGCAUCCUAGAGAGGAUGACAGAGGAUUCAUCCCAAUCAAUGACUUUGAUGAGAUCCUCACUCGGGAAAGUGUCCGACUGGAACUCCAAUCCUGCUUGGAGAAACUGUCUCCAGAGAAGGAUCUAGAGACCUGGAUCAGUCAAGUCUGGGAUAUAUCAGAAUGCACUGACAAUGAUCCAAAACGGAAGAUAGCUACAACUCGAAGGAAGAUGUUUGCUGUAUUAGUUCUUCUCAAGGUUCCGGAGAAGAUCCAACUGUUCAUAAAUGAAGGAUUUUGGGAUAAAGAUCUCCCAUUUGUGAGGUCUGUUGACCAGAAAUGGACGAGCCAGGCCAACGGACAUCAGUGCAAGGCCCGCAUCGUCGAAUGCCUGAAUAACCUAAAGGAUUGGAAAAAUCACGAGGUGGAUAGUUUCUUUAACUAUCAGUGGCUUGUGUUGGCCCCAAUAUUUAACAUGGCUGACGAAAAAGUCAUGUUUUAUCACCUUCAUAGGUCUAUCACCUUACCCUUUGAGAGCGAAGACAGUGGCGUCGACAAUGAAGACGAUGACUUCCUUGGCGGUGGAUACAGUGACGUAACGCGCGUCUCGAUCCACCCCGCACACUAUAAUACAGGUAUGUCAAGGCAAGAAAAGGAAGUCUUUGCAAUUAAAAAGUUGCGCUCAAAGAACAAGAAGCAAUUUGAUUCCGAAGUUGAAUCCUUGAAAAGAUUCAGUAACGGCAACCAUCCACAUUUAAUAAAGCUUCUUGCUACAUAUCGCCAUGGCCAAGAUUAUCAUCUGAUAUUCCCCUGGGCCGAGGGGAAUCUCGUAGACUUUUGGAAGAGGCACCCAAAGCCGUAUCGAACUUACACGUGUAUCCUCUGGCUUGCAGCCCAAUGCAGGGGGAUUGCAGAGGGUUUGAGGAUGAUUCAUGAUGGAGACUUUGGGGAUUCCUCGCUGAGUCUCAAUGACGUCAAAAAGGGCAGACAUGGCGAUAUAAAGCCAGAGAACAUACUUUGGUUCAAGAACUCUACUAGCACGGACACAACAGAGACCGACGUACUGAAGAUUUCCGACUUUGGGUUGACACGCUGGCACAGAGACAUAUCAAACAAUAAGAAAUAUGCGAAUGGGUUGCCUGUCUCUCCAACUUAUCGGGCCCCGGAAAAUCAUCUAGGCCAUCCAGUCUCUCAGCCCUGGGACAUUUGGACCCUAGCAUGCCUUUAUCUACUUUUUCUGACUUGGUAUCUUUGUGGGUGGGAGGAGGGUGUUGAUGAAUUUUCAAAGCAGCGGACUGCUCAAAGUUCCUCUUAUAUUCCUGAAGACAACUUCUUUAACUUGGGCCAAAAAGGGACAGGAUCGGAAUAUGGAGCCAGCCUUAAGGAUUGUGUUGUUGCUUGGAUCAACAAACUCCACACGACUGAAGGAUGCUCCUUGUUUAUCCACGAGUUUUUAGAUCUCAUAUCUGAUGAUAUGCUUCGUAUUAGAUACGAUAAGCGGCAUAAUUGUGGAGAUAUAUUAGACAGGCUAGACAACAUGUACAAAAAAUGCGAAGUCGAAAAAUCCUAUUGUUUCGAAAGCGCCCACGACCAACCGAGAAAACGGAGAACGAAUGACUCUGAUCGCCAGGAUCCCUGGGAUACAUCAAUAAUUAAACUCCCUGAGAGUAUCUCCGAGCAAAACGACAGAAUAUAUGGCUGUGAAAAGGGAAAUGACGAGCGAGGAGACGAAAUCGGUCGAAUCAAAGCCGAUUCGUAUAUUAAUAGCUGGGAACAUAAUCAGAACGUCUGGCGGAGAACUGACUACGACCAUUCGAGCCCUUCAGCAUCCCUGGAACCCAACUCACAACUGACCGAGAGCCCAGUGUCGAGAUAUCCGGCUCCUUGCCCUUCUCCAGUAGGUAGCUCUCUUGUUGUGAGUCGGUUAAAGAACACAGAGUUCUCGAGAAAUCAGAAGCAGGAUAUCCCGGAAGAGGAUUUCGAAGGGUGCGGGGUUACGCCAUCCAACACAGGUUCUAUCAACAUUGUAAAUGCAAGUUCACAUACAACAAUCAACGGCAGUGAGAGCCCUGUCAGAACAAACCCGCAAGACGGGAGCAUAUCAUUUUAUCCCCAGACACCAAAGCGCAUGGCUUCUAGUCAUGAUACUGAGGUCGAAGACGAUUUGGGAUCAGGACGAUCACUUCAACAAAACGAAGUAAUUCAAUUACAUACGCCAACAAUCUUGAAGCCUGAAGAUAACCGGCGGGAUGACGAGGAGAAUUUUGAGAGGUGGCCUAAUUCAAAAUCCAAGCGGCUGUUUAAAAGGUUGAAACACUUAUUCUGCUUCUAG